AUGUUGUUGUUAUUAAACCGGACUUUCUUGACGUUGAAAAGUUUGCGAAAAGUGUCACCCACGUGCUGGCAUCAUACCUUGACAAAUGACCUAAUUAAUAACAUGGACAAGAAAGCAACAUGGGACAGAUUUUACAUAGAAAACAGCAGAAAAGGAACGUUCAAGAACUUUGAGUGGUUCUUUGGUUUUCAUUCAGUUAAAGAUUCCAUCCUGCCUCUGCUGCAAUCCAUGUCUGACAGUCCUGCACCAUUACAUGUUCUGGACAUUGGCUGUGGAACUUCAGCAUUGGGGCCUGGUAUCUAUGGACACUCCAAAUGUGCAGUGAAGGUCACAUGUGCUGAUAUCUCCCCAGUGGCAGUGCGGUUAAUGCAGGAACAUGCUGAAAGUACACCGGUGCAACCCUGCAAUCCAGGCUCCACCCUUGUAUUUAGAGAAAUGGACUGCGCAGAGCUGGAUGGACACUUUGAGCCCAGGAGCCUGGCCUUGAUAGUAGACAAAGGUACAACAGAUGCACUGGUGAGGUCCAAGGAAGGGCAAGCAAACGUACGUCAGUGUCUCACUGUGCUGACCAGCUCAGGGAGCCUGCUGCAGUUUUCAGAUGAAGAUCCUGAUGCCAGGCUGCUUUGGCUAGAGAAAGAGACUCAAGGCUCAGAGGUGGCAGCUGAUAUAUCAGUACAUGAAGUUGGAGAAUUAAGAGGGAUUACUUACUUCUGUUAUUCGAUAACUCCUUAUACAGCACAACAUUGACAACUUGAACGUUAUUCUAUUUUAUGUGACACUCAUUUUGCCUUCUGUAAUUAAAUUUUGCACAAAAUA